AUGAUAGCCAGGGACUUUAAGCGCGUCGUCCUCAUCAUAGGCCCCUUUCUAUUUCUCGUCUAUGUCGGUAUACGGUGUCUCAACUUUAGAGACUCCUCCUCCGGCUUCAAUACGUGGUUCGAUCACAUCUUUGCGCCGAACUGGAGACAAGACGAUGAACUUCAACCUCACUCGUGGCCGGCGCCUUCGGCCGCGCCGACUCAAGUGCAGCCUGUAGAUGGUGUACUUAAUCCUCCCCCAGCAUCAAAACAAACACAUCACGAGAUCUUCUCGACGUCCACUUUCAACAAGAAAUUCUUCACCAUUCGAUUUGGCGAUGAAGCGGCAAUCAACCCCAACGUCAUCCCACAUCCCAGCAUCGAGAAUACCUUUAUCAUUAUUGCGCAGAAGCGCAAGACACACGGCGAUACAUCGGAGCAUGUGGAGCUCGUUUGUAAUGCCGUCUUCACACUAGAAGGUCUCAUCUGCCUCGAAGCACCGACGGCUCUGCCCAUCGCAGCCACAAAGAGUGGCGCCGACAAAUGCCCACCAAAAUUGGCCUACAUCGCCAUGAACGUGGGACCUCAUGACGCGCGGGUCUUCUACGGCCCUAGAGCCCCCUUCAUCGUAUUCGGCUCCAACUCCAUAUUUGCCUGCUUUGGACAGUUUAUCCAAGACUUCCGCGUGCUCGGGGACUGGGGCUUCGAAAUGUCGUUGGAUCAAGGUUUCGGCCUCGGGACGGAGCUCCAACGUCCUCCGCCUUGGGGUACGAUGGAGAAGAACUGGUUCCCAUUCUGGGAUGAAGAGGGAGCAAUCUAUGUCCACCAUGACGUGUCACCGAAGCGGGUCUUUGCAAAGUUGAACGCGGACGGCUCCGUGGGGUCGGAUCUGGCGCCGUUGGCUGCUGGCGACGAGGCUUGCUUGAGCAGGUACAUGCCCAAACUGCCGCCAGACUUGGAGUCGAUACAUCAAGCGACGAAUUCGUUGAGUAUCACGUUUUGCAAGCGCAGUGACCCGAAUUGCAGGGCCACCAGUGACAAUACCUUUGUCUUUACGGUGUUCCAGCACAAGACCUUCUAUCAGUUCCAUAGCGAGUACGAACCGUACGUCAUGGUAUUCCGACAGAAGGCACCGUUUGAGGUGUUCGCGAUGUCGAAGCGACCGAUAUGGAUACACGGCCGGGAGGAGAGGGAUGAUGGAGGGUCUGACAUGUUUUAUGUAACAUCGAUGAGCUGGAAGAGAAAGGAUCAGAAAUAUCACGGGUUCUUGGACGACGUGUUGUUCCUAUCAUUUGGAAUAGAGGACCAAAGAGCGGGCGCUAUUGAUGUGCUGGCUGAAGACUUGUUAGCUGAGCUUGGGACUUGCUUGGAAGCGUGA